CAAGAUGAUGACAAAGUGUUGAAGUUAGUCCAGAAGAAAUUCUGUGCCAGUGGACCAUAUACUGGGGAGGAUUUCCCCAUGUGGAUGGUCCCCAUCAGUAUUUGUACAAGUGAUGACCCCACCCGUGCCAAAAUGCAAAUAUUGAUGGACAAACCGGAGCUUACCUUGGUCUUGAAAGAUGUCAAACCAGAGCAGUGGGUGAAGUUAAACCUGGGAACAGUCGGGUUUUACCGUACUCAGUACAGCCCUGACAUGCUGGAGAGUUUAAUACCAGCCAUCAAAGACCUCUCCCUACCCCCCGUGGACAGGCUUGGCCUGCAGAAUGAUCUUUUCUCUCUGGCCCGAGCUGGAAUCAUUAGCACUGUAGAGGUUCUAAAAGUCAUGGAAGCUUUUGUGAAUGAGCCCAAUUAUACUGUGUGGAGCGACCUCAGCUGUAACCUGGGAAUUCUCUCAACUCUCUUGUCCCACACAGACUUCUAUGAGGAGAUCCAGGUGUUCGUGAAAGAUGUCUUUUCACCCAUAGGGGAGAGACUGGGAUGGGACCCCAAACCUGGAGAGG